UUCCAUCUCCAGACUCCCGUAAUUGACAUUCCUGUUUUCCUCCGUAUGCAAUGAUGUAGUUGAUCCGGCCGUUUGAUUUUACUGUUUCAGGAGCUUGAUUUACUUUGCUUUGUUACUUCAUCUCUGGUUCACUAUUUUCUCCUUGAUGUCGUGCUCAUGGGUGCUUACUGCCACUGGUAGGAGACUUAACUACAAUCUACAGUGCCUCAAAUCAUGGAAGAGGAACUCUAACAACAAAACACAAGAAGAGGUGUUAGAGGUGAGAAGACAAGUUGAUGCACUUGCUCAAGCGCUGAAAUCGCUGCAAAGGGACGACUCCGAUGUAAGUGUCUCCGCUCGUUCCUUUUCAUCAUCAAGGCAAACAUCUAGGUCAGCUGUAGUUGUAAGUUAUGAUCAGAAACAGUGGGAAACGGGUUUCAAUAUUGAGAUCCGAAAGUUUCAUGUAUGUUUCUCUACUUGGCAAGCAACCAAACUGGUUGUAGUUGCAAGUGGUGAACAAAAAGAAGGGGAAACAGACAUCAAGUUUAAAUUCUCAGAGUUUCAUGGAGGUAUAACUCCAAACAAAUUCAUGGAAUGGAGUUCCAUGGAAGCGUUAUUAGUUUUAAAGUCUAAAGAUGAAUCAAAUUUUAUUUCUUUAUUGAUUGUUUUAAUAUUGUUGAGGAUUGUAACGAAAAUCUUGUGUGGCCAUUCUCCUCAACAAUAUCUCUUGAAGAGAAAUUUGUUAAUUGGAAUAAAUCUCCAAUCUAUGAUGAACCAAUUACUAAGGAGGAAUACGCCAAAAUUCAUUAUGAAUUUCAAAAUGAUGGAGAUUAUACUUAUCAUCUUGGGGAUUAUGAUCACAUUGUAUAGAUGCAUGUCUACGAAGAUCCUUAUUGGCAAGCAUUGUUGCAAUGCUCAAAAGGGUCAAUAA